UGACGUCUGCACUGCUCGCAGCGCGUCUCCCGCGGCCUCCCAGUUCUUGCCUAUUUUGGAAGAGAGCCGCAGCCCUUCUGCUGAUGCGCGCGCGCUGGCGCCUUUUAAAGGCAACCGGCGGAGUGGCGGCUCCGCCAGAGCCCGGGAGCUGCCCCCGCCCCCGGGCCGCGAGCCCCAUACGUGGCCUGGACCCGGGAGGCCCCGUCGCCGCACCCUAGGACCCCCUAUCUUAGCGCCCUCCACCCACUUUGGGGAAAUUUCAACCAUGGAGAAAGGAGGUUUGCCCUUGUCCCUCCCCCGACCCCCCGCCCCGACAGGGGAGACUCUUCUGCCAUAGGAACCUUGGAAGGGAACAAGAUGCCAGGCCUAGCACGUUUGACCCUCCCUGGACAAGGCCACAGGGCGAAAACAGCAGGUGAGGACUUCACUGCCCGCGGGGCCACCCUGGGUCUCUGGAGACCCGCACCGCCUCCAACCUCCUACCUUAGCCUUUUUCUGGGUGGGCUCAGCCUGAGGUCAGGUUAGGAUCUUAGUUGGAAGGCUCCUUAGCAGUUUCUCCAACCCUCUCGCUAAACUGAAAGGAAAACUGAGGCCCAGAGAAGAGUAGUGACUUGACCAGGGUCACAUGACAUGUUCCUGGAGAGCGUGGGCCAGAGCCCAAGGAUGCUGACUUCCUAGCCAGAGGUCAGUCCCUUGUUCCUUAACGUUGAGAAUAGCUGGCACAGCGUGGCAGGCCGUGGUCCCUGACUUGCACCCGGGAGAGGGAACAGACAGCUCCUCUUCCCACCGUGGCACCAGCUGCUGCUUCGUCCCCAGCGGAGUCCAGACCUGGGUGGGCUCUCCUGGAUUGACGAUCACUCUGGACAACCUUCUGGAUCCCAGACUCCACAACCAACCAACCAGGUUGCUGCUUGCAGACGUCUGCUUCCAUCGAAGGCUUCCUGCAGCCCACCAGCUCUCUGGAACUUUCUGGAACCAAACCUUUUCCAGACUGCUUACAAACGCCAGUCCUUCUGGGUGGAGGUUUGGCUGCAGGCUCUGGCAGGGCUCCCCAGAGCCAUGUGGACCCAGCGCUUUGGACUCCCCUGCCCAAUCCUGAUGGCGCCAGCACUCCCCAUGCAGCAUUUUCAGGGGUGUUUGACCAAGGUGCACUGAGGACAGCCGUGAAGUACUUGACCAUGCCCAAGGAGCUGCGUAGGUUCCAGACAUCUCUGGACCCCUGCUCUAGAUCAGGGCUGGGGACAAGAGGUGGAUCCGAUCCAGCCCAGCUGUGGGCACCAAGUCUGGCAAAGGAGAGAGGUUCGUGCUCUGGAGCAGUUAGUCCUAGAGCUGUGAACGGCUUUUCCCAGGGGCAUCCAUUGCCAGGGCCAAGACUUCAAUGCACAGGAGGGGAAACUGAGGCUUCCCCCCAAGAGACAUUAUUUGCCAAGGUUACACAGCAAGUCAAUGCGUUGUUGAAACUAGGACUCAGAACCCUGCCUCCUGGCCCACUCUCUCUGCACCUUGAUCCCAGAGGCCAGCCUUUGAGAAGUGCACAAGGUCACUGCACUGUGGUCCAGGGGCCUGAUUCAGGGUCCACCUCCACUAAACGCUGGCUGUGUCGCUGGGGCCACUCUACUCUCUGCGCCAGGCCACAGUCACUCCAGGCGGAUGAUCUCUGAGAGCCCCCCCACCCGUUCCAACUGUGAGUCUAGGAUUCUCUGAAAUGGGGUAUUUUGCCAGACUGUGGAAUCUCUCCGUGGCUGUAUGUGGGACACUUCUGGGGGUGUUUUCUUUCUCCCACCAGACUGAAGCUAAGGAAUACUGGAGGCAGUGGUUGCUUCAGCCACAGGCUGUGCAGACUACUCUGAGGAUGCCCGGGGCGGGGGUAGGGGGGGAGGGGGUCUGUUUUACACACCUGGGAACCCAUCAGAGUCCUCCAAUGGUGAGUCUCCCAGUGCACUUAGCACAGACCUGUGAGAAGGCCCCUGAUGGGUUGGGUUUAAAGAAGGAAAACCACAGUCAGUACCAGUACUUGCUUCCCCUGUGUCUGCACAGACCAGAUCUCCAGGGCCCAAGGUGGCUCUGCUUCUCCAGAACAGAGGACUUGGUCCUCUGGGAGACUUCAGGCCCACUCAGACCUUAGCAGCCGGCACAUGGCUCAUCCUCACCUGAAACUGGGUCUCAGGGUGGCAGCAUUCAACUUCCAAAGCCUGAGAGGCACUGGCCAGGCAGGACAUGGGCCCAGAGAUGCUCUGAGUGCCAGAGAUUGGCGGGCCUUUCCAGGCCAAGCGGUCCAAAAUCACUGCCACUGCCAUUUUGCAAAGAGGGAAACUGAGACCCAGAGGGGAAGGGGCUUGCAUAACACCCCAGUAGGCUGGUGGCAGAGCUAGGACCAGAACCCACGUCUCCUGACCCUCCUGGCCAGGACUUUUUCCCCUGCAUCAAACAUAACCCACUGACAUCUAGACUGAGUCCGCCUCCAGUUCCUCCCGAACCUUCAGAUCCUUGACAGAAGGCUCCUGCAGCCCAUCCCACGUCUACACUGGGUGCUUCAGGAGCUUUCCCUUCAACUGGUUUGUCCUUUCUCCUAAAGCUCCCUGAUGUCCCAUCCCCAUCCACCCAGGGCUUAUCUUUUCCUGGUUCCAGAAGCUGCUCCAUCAGUAGGCCAUAACUGCUGCUACCCGCUUCUUGCCAUGAACCCACUCCCUGAGCCCCGGUGUUCCACGGGUGGGGGUCACUGUUCCCUCUGCUCUUGGGGGUCUCUUGGUUCCUCCUAGGGCUUCCUUCCUGUGACUGGCCCACUCCCAGGCCUGCUGCUUUCCCGUGAUCACCCCAGCCCUGAACCCCAUCAAUCUCUCCUGGGAUCCCAUGGACCAUUCUCUCUGCUGGGUCCAGGGCCAGAGGGAAUAAUCUCAGCCUGGACAUCAUGGGGUUUCUGGGGUUUGAAUGAGUGAAUGCACAUGUUUGGUGUAUAAGGGGCAGGGAAAGUGUGCUUCUGUAAACUCGCAUGUUACCAGGUGUAUUCAGGUGAUCACAAGGACACGCUUGAACCUGGAGCCUAUGGUGGCCUAGGCACCUGUGGGUAGCAGGGGUCAAGAGGGCCAGGAGACUUUUGAGUAAUGAGGAGUGACAGGAACCAUGAGGGACUUAAGCAGGGGAAGGACACAGGCGGGUUGGCUUCUAGAAAAAUGGCAAGGGAGCUUAGUCGCUGAGCACUGGAAGGGCGCACUGGGCUUCCAUCUGGAUUUGCUGAGCAGCGUGGGAGCCAGCUGAUGCCCAGGGAUGGAGUGCACUGGGACCCAGGCCGGAGACUUCAGAAUAACUUUGUGUGCAUCCCUCAACCUCUGCAGGCCCCCAGCUGUCUACUUUGUCCUUCUCUUUGAACCUGCUGCCGCCCCCAGUCUGGCCCACCCAUCUGGUGCUCUCAGACCAAGCUGAGCCAAGGCUACAAAAACCAGUGGGUGCCCGGGCCGUGUUUCCACACUGACAGUGACAGGGCGUGUGCUGCCUCCCGAGCCAGCCCAGGCCGUCUUCAGAGACUUGUUCAAAAUUAAAUUUUUCAUACAGUUAAAAUAAUGAUGACUAACAUUCCGUCACUCAGCAUCGAUUGUGGUCCUUUCGUGUGCCAGGCGUUGUUCCAAGUGCUUAGGGAUUUAGCUCAUUUCAUUUUCUCAUCAAUCCUUUGAUGUAGGUGCUUUUAUUCUCCUCACAUCCCUAUUUAACAGGUAGAUAAACUGAGGCACGAAAGAUGAGUCAGUUGCCCAAUGUGGAGGAGCCAGAGCUCCCCCUGGGCGUCUCACUCCGGAGCUUCCCUUCUGACCUCCGCCCUCUACUGCCUCUCUGAGCCUCAACCUUCCUCCCACCCGCCUUCUCCUCAUGGACCCUCUGCUCAAGGCUAAGCCACUUCAUCUCAGCCCUGCCCGUAGCACAGGAGCCAAACCUCCUGGUCGAGGUGGGGGCUCGGCACCCUUAGUGGUAUCUGUCCCCUCCACCUUUUCUCUGGACAUCAGUCGUCAAUAUGGCCUCAGGCCGUAGCGGCAUCUUUGGUGGCUACCUGUCCCUGUAUCGAGUCUCAUUUAUGAAUCACUCUUCUGUCCACCCUACCCGACCUACCCACCCAGCACAGCCUAGCCCGGUCAACCAGUCACUUGACACCCGGCAGCUCAACUCAAUGACACCUCCUCUGAGAGGCCAUCCAGGACUCCCUGGGCUCUGUCAUCCCUCAUUUUGCUCUCCUCAAACACCCUGUAUAGCUUCUUCACAGCAGCCAUCCCACUUAAGUGGCUUGAUGGAGUUCCCACUUUCUCACCAGCCUGGAUGCUCCAUGAGGUUAAGACCAGGCCUGUGUUUCCAAACCAUUGCAUCGCCAGUGCCUAGCAGAGAGCUGGACAGACUCAGCCCUCAGCUGUGUCCAUGUGAAUGAAUUACAUACCUUAGGCCGUGCUCUGGGCCAGGCCCUAUGCUGGAUGCUGAAGAUACGGGGACCAGAUAUAGAUGCUAGUGGGGGAGACAGACAAAGAUGCAGUGACAAUGCAGGAUGGGAAGUUCACAGAUGAGGAAACACAAGGGGCCAUGGGAGGCACUGGGGAGAGGCCCUGGGCCCAACUGGAGGACCAGCAGGGCAAGGAGGAGUUCACCAGCUGGAGAGUGGUGGUGGAGAGGAUUCUGAAACUGGGCUGAACUAAAAAAUGAAUGGUGGAGGGUCUGUCUCCUCCUCCAGACCUCUAGCUCCUUGAGGGCAGGGCCAGUGUCCUGCACUCCUCUCUCCCCAAUGGUGCUUAGAGGAGUAAGGAGUCCCUGCUCUGCAUUCAAAGAGUGUUUUCAGUUGAUUGAUUUUCCUUCCCUCCUUGGAAUAUGGCUGGUCUGACACGCUCCUCACUGCAUCACUUGUGCCCUCUUCUCUCAGCCCUGGUCCAGAAAAGCUUCAUCUUUUCCCACCUGGGCUACACUCUCCCCCUCCCGCCCCUUCCGUGGUCCCAUGUCCCUCACCUUCCCUGCUCAGCCCACUCACCUGGCUCUGACCGUCUCGAUGCGUGGGUGCCAGCGUGUACCCUCUUCACAUGAGAUUUGUUGAUUUCAUAACCAUAAAUAGAUAAAAUGUUCUGAAUACUUCCCUGUGCAAGUAGAAUUGGGGGAGUGAUAACAUAAUGAAAAGACCUCAGGAGAAAGAAAACAGCCUGCUAGGAUGCAGCUGAAGACAAGACAGCCAUUGCACAAGUCAGAUCUACAUGAGGAUUAUAUUUUCACUGCCCAGACUGGUGAAACCCAGACCCAGGACUGGGGAGGAGAUGGGAAUAUGUUAGAAAGUUGUUACAUGUUCCAAACUCAUAAAUUCAAAAGAACAAUGUAGUAAAAAAUAGAAAGAAGUGGAAAUGAGCAAACCUGGGUUCUAAUUCUGGAUUUAUCUCAUUCUAGCUGUGUGACUCUGGGCAAGUUUCUAAACCUCUCUGAGAAGGUGUAUAGAGAUUCUUCCCCUGGGUUAGGUUGGAGGCUCUAGGGCACAUGAGACCCCUCAAUACCAUCAUUUCACUCCCACCAGGACAUUUUAUCUUCCUGAAAAAACCUUAAGCACCAACUAUGAGACAUCUCCCUCCCCAAAAUGCAGCCCUGAGGCAGGGGUUGGGAUAGGGAUGGAAUGGGGUACCCCGAUUCUUCAUUGCCAAUUCAAACUCAUGUUGCCAUGGGAACAGGAUGUGGAGCAUCACUCCUGCAUGGGGGGGGGAGGGGCUACAUCUGCACAGUUAUAAAGAGGCUAAAAGCUAGUAAGGAGCCUAGCCCAUAGGGCUUACCAAUCUCUGCCCUUAAGGAAUGCAGAGACACUACUGUUCUGUGGCAUUUAGAAGAGUAAAGGGAGAUGAAAGGACAGCUUGGUAUGUCCCGGGCCCAGAGAGCUCCUGGAUGAGAAGGGAGAGACUGACAGAGAUAUUCCUAGUAUGAACUCAUCCUAUACUCUAAAAGAUGAAAAACUUUUUCUUUAAAGAGCCAGUUAGUAAAUAUUUCAGCCUUUCCAGGCCUUACGGUUUCUGCUGCGUCUGCUCAACUCUGCCAUUGUAGGGUGAACACAGCCAUAGACAAUAUGUUAACAAAUGGAUGUGGCUGUGCGCCAAUAAAACUUUAUUUACAAAACACUCAGUGGGCCAGAUUUGGCAAGCAGGCCAGAGUUUGCAGACCCUUGCUUUACCCCACGGUGCAAGAGAAGGAGGUCGGGGGCAGGUGCUAGGCUUAAAAUCAAGCAUGGCCAAUGACUUGCUGUGACUUUGAGUAGGUUAUUGUCUGUCUCUGAACCUCAAUUUCACCAUCUAUCAAAUUAGCAUAAUAGUAUCAGUCAGAUUUGUCAUGAGAAUAGGUUUAACAGAUCAGAGCAAAUCUGAAGUCUUCAUUCCUCUGUUCCAUCACUUCAAGCAGAGCUAUCCCCCAUCCCCAGGCCAUGCCCUUGUCAGCUGAGGGUGGCGGCAGCCUGCUGGAAGGGGGAGGUAUUUCUCUCUAGAGUCAGAUUCUUGGUCUGGCUUUCCAAACUCCAGCCCCAAGUGACGCUGUUUCUGUAGCAAGCCAAGCCCAGGAGUAAACGAGGAAUGCCUUCCUCUCCACCAUCCAGUCAUUUGGCAGGAGGCUAUAGUUCACUUGAGAAAGUGGUGUGGUUGCAGUGGCUGGUGGCCAGGCUUCAGAGGAGGCCUUUGAAACUCAGGCUGGGGCUAGUGUUAGGAAAGGUGAGCUUCAAUGCUCCCCUAGAUCACCUACCUGUGGCCCCAGCUUCCCUGAGGUGCAAGUCAAGUAGCCACACCUGUGAUCUGGUGGUGACUCAUAGCACUACCAUUGCAUUAAUGGAUCUUUCUUGAGCCAUUUGUCCACCUGUCUGGUCUGACCACCACUGAGAGCUUGCAUCCUUUGGCAUCUCAUCAUCUCCUCUGAAGACCCAUCAAGUGACAUGCAUUCUCUCUCUCUCCUUUUCCUCCCUCUUUCUCCUUCUCAUAGACACAUUUGUCCAGCCCAAGGCAGGAUACACUUUGACAGUCCUCUGUCAAGAUCUUUGCCCCAAGUCUCCGGAAAACAGCCCUAACCGGGAGUCUCCAUGCUGUUCUAAAGAAACAGACUCCCCAUUCACACUCCAGCUCCCUCCCAGGAAGUUAUCCUCUCCGAAAUCUCUGGAAAAGAUACACCUCUUUUUCUCUGAUAGAGGUUGAUGGGUGAUGUCCCUCCGGGUCCCUAAUAAAGCUAUGCAGACAGGGGCAAGAGAUCUUACGGCCUGUUCUUGCUAUAAAAAGCCCUUUUUCGGAAAAAAUAAUAAAGAAAGAAAUCAGCCAAUCCCUCCUCGAUGCCAUCACCUCUUCUUGGUGAUUUUUCGGGGAAGGAGUGGGCGGGUUGCCAUGGCAACAGAUGCGAGCUCGUCUCAGUAAAGAAGGGACCUUGAUAUUUUUUUCUCUCUCUCAUUCUCUCUCUCAGUUGUGUGUGUAUAUAUGUGUGUGUGCACUGCGCAUGCCUGUGCCCACACCAGGAAUUUUUUUUUUAGAACUAAAGAAAGCCCUUCUCUUCCCUCAACUCCCCAAAUAUGGAGCUAUGAGAAACCACUUACUCCUGCAGGCCAGGGAAGAUUCAGGAUGGUUCAAGAGAAAACAGAGAGGUCAUACGGGGCUCCCGUCCUCCAUCUUUUUACUAGAGAUUGCAUGCAACAGAGGCCUUAACAAAUGGUUGGGGGCAAAGGGCUGGAAAGAAGGGAAGAUGCUGGGUGGAGAGAGGUGAAUAUUGGAUGGGUGGUGCAAGAACCCAACAAGUGACAUCAGAGAGGGCAACAGAAGGUGCAUUGAGGCUGGGGAUGCAUGUAAAUCCACGUACACUGUCAUAUGCUGAGAGAGAAAGGCACAGAGCAGGCUCAGAUGUGGACAUGAACACACAUGGACAGGGAGGCACCCAGAAAGCUGCAAACAUAUAAAUACAGACAGGCAUGAACAUAGAACUACACACAAUGCAGAAAGCAUAGACAUUUUUUGUAAAGACAGGUAUAGAUGCAGGCAUAGGUGAAUGCAUAGAUAUACUGGGAUACAGACAAACAGCUACAAAGACACACGUAGCUAGACACACAGAAACAUACAAGUACAGUCAUCGUCAAAUGGACAGACACACACACAUGCACAUCCUCAGUCUGGCUCCCUUCCUUCAGUUGCCUAAGCAUACUCAAACAGCAGUGCAUAGCUGGAAAUACUGCAGGCUCAUUCAGUGGAUUUGACUGGGUGGCUCCUCCUCCCCCUAUUCCUUCUACAUACUCACCCCAAAGCCCCCCUCUCUAGUCACUCCCUUGUCCACUUUCCUGUAGUCGAUGGGCUCUGAUACCUCCCCCAUCUCAGGCUUCCAAUUCUUAGCCUGUUCUGCUGCUGCUUGCUGCUUAGGGGGGGAGAGUGGGGUGACUCAGCCAGGCCAGGAUGACUCAUACUGCCAGUAUUUUUAGCAGCGGCCUGGAGCUCUCUAGCGUGCCAGCCGCCCCCCUCCUCCUGCUUGCUAUUUUGGAACCAUCACUGGUGAUAUAAAUAGUUCCUCUCCCACGGCCUGAAGCUGUUGCCAAGCUAUUUUCGGUUCUGCACAGUUAAAAAUAGCUUCACGGAGGUGGGAGGCAAGAGGAGUGGGAGUUGGCCUAGGGAGAGGAGACAUUGGGGCAUACAGAGCUUCUCAACUUGAAUGAAAGUGGGCGAACUGGGAUGAGCUCUUCUCUACCCCCUCCCUUGUCCCUUUCUAGACCUUUCUUCCCUUCCAGAGUGCCUUCCCUUCAGUCCAUUCUCCUGGAAAAAUCCAAGGGCUCUUCCCCCGGCUUCCUUCACUCCUAGAGCUCAGAAAUCUUGGCCCCCUGAAACCUCUGCCCAUAUUAAUACUCAGAAAAGAAGGGAAGAAUCAACUGAGGCCUCACUCUGAGGUCUGUGUGGACUCAACCUCUGCUUUGAUGUCCCAGGCAGACCAUGGCCAACACAACUUUCCUGGAGAUUAUUUCAGAACCAUGGACAGCAGUCAGCGACACAUUCUUUCACUGUGGAUCUGCUCGGCUUGCUGGAGUUCAGCUGGACCCAACCCAUAGACACAUCUUCUCAUGGAGAAGGACGCUAAUAAUGUCUCCCAGCCAGGGCUAAAGGACCAGUGGGUGAAUAAAAAAAGAACACUGUCCUGGAUUUUCAUACAACAAGGGGGUGCAAAGAUCAAGGGCUUGUCCAAAUAGAAGCUUGAAGGAGGGUGGGUGGGUACAUCAGGGAUCAGAUAGAGAUGAAAGUGGAACAGGGACGUGCUUCCUGGAGAAACAAUUUUUCUGUCAUCCAGGUAAAUAUGGUUAGAGAUAAUGGCACACGCAUGCACACACACACACACCCGUUCCCUCCAUCUCCCUCAUUCCUCAUUAAUACAGGAUGGUUGAUGGGGAUGACCCCAAUCAAAAUAACCCAAAAUGGCACAAGAGACCAGGAUCGAGCUGCCAGGCCCCCUCUUUUUGCUUCUUGGUGUCAAAUUUUAUCUCCAUCCUUCCUAUGUGACUUUCUACAAUCAGGUCAAUCCUUCUCCCCCAAUUUUUUAAGUGGCCACAUUUCCAACCCCUCUAGUGAUUUCACACAGACCCCUACUCCACCAAAUGAGAUUUCACAUAAAAUGUCCCCUAGCCCAUUUCCUUCUCCUUUUAUGGGAUCCUGGGGGAAAGAAAGGCACGUCUCAGCCCCUGUAGACGGCAAUCAUUUGUGCUGAAAAGAAAAAAAAAAGAGAGAGAGAGAGAGAGCCAGGGCAAAGGCGACAUGAUGUGGAGACAAAACUGACAAAUAAAGGAAGAGAGAUUUGAGAGAGCAGAAGGGGAAUGUUUGGGGGGGGGGGGUAGAAGGAGCACAAAGCUGAGACAGACCAUCAAGCAGGCAAUAAGAUAAAGAAACUAGUUGGGUGUGUGUGUGUGCAUGAAGAGUUGAAUGUGGAGAGACAGGGAGAGGAGUCCUAGCCCAGAGAUGGGAAGGGGUUUAGAGGGGUUGCUGGAGGACAGCUUGAUGGAGUUAAGGCGUCCCUGCCAGGUGCAGGGAUCUCGGAAGGUCCAGCAUGGCCCCCUCGCUUCUCUGCCGCUUCCUCAUUUUCCCUGCUGGAGGCGGGGGGAGCCCUCCGGAGUGUUGCGGAGGCAGCCCGGCCCCGCCCGCUGCCACCGCGGCUGCCGCCGGAGGAUUCCUGUCCUAAUAUGGAGCUGGGAUUCCCCAGGCCCCGCCCCCGCCCCCGGCCCGCGGGGAGACCGAGGCUUGCAGUGGGGCGGCGCGGGGGAAGAGGGGGGAACCGCUCGCUUUAGGGACCGGCAACUAGGGUGGGGGAGGGAUACCGAGGUGCAGACCCAGAUCCUCACCAUGCCCUAGGACCCUGCCUCACUUUCUCCGGUCAGUGGCUGAGGUUAAUUAGCUGACAGGGAAACAAAGAGUCACUGCAGGCUACAGCGUAGGUGUUGGUGUUCCUAUUCCUGGCUGUGGGAAAAUAGAACCAAGGCCAAAUUCAGCUGGUCCCUCUCCCUCAGGACCUCCUUUCUGCCCCAUCCUAGGGACUUGGACCCCCAGCUAACUCCCCCCGCUAAAUCGCCAGGGCCCAGGUUUGGAAAGGGGGGAAGAGAUUUGUUCUUUGAAAGUGACUAAGGGAAUCCCAGACUGAGUAAUCCCUAGGGAGAAACCCCAGCUGUGACCUAUCCCACGGGGGCCAAGGAAAGUCAUUCUUCUCUUCCCCACCAUGUGAACGGUGACCUUUGUCUGGCAAAUAGCGAAGAGUAAUUUGUGGAGGACCCUGCCCCUCCCCAUUCCCUUAUCUCCUUAGAAAAAUGGAUGUUGGAACCAGUCCCUCCCUGCCAUCUACAGACUCUUCCACCAGGGACUUCAGACCGCCUCAACCCUUGCCCUGUCGCUUCCCUCGGCUGAACACAUUCGGACGCCUAGGUCCCUGAACCCCCUUUCAGGCCUUCCUAACGCGGCGCCUGCCUCUCGCUCAGCUGCUGCCAGCGGAGGGCCCCUCCGCAGCCUCCUUGCUCCCCCCUCCCUCCGGCCCCCCUCCCGCUCUCGUUCUACGUCAUGGGAUGACGUCGGAAACCAGGGAGGGAGGAGGAGCACCCCCCCUCCCCAGCCAGUGGCUCCCGUUGCAGCUUGCUUAGCCCAGCCUCCCGCUUUCCCGCCCCCCCCUUUCUCCAAAGCGAGCCCCCCACGCCUGGCAGGAGCUAUAUAAGGCGGAACGAGGCAGGCGAGGGGGGCAGCGCAGCCGAGCGGAGCCCAGGAGAGGAGAGAGAUUGAGAGAGAGCCUGAGCAAGAGACGGGGAAGCAAGGAGGAGGAAGCCACCGGUGCGUCGGGACAGGAACGCAGGUGUUCGGAGCGCCCGAGCUGGAGCUCCGAAGCCGCUAGUCAUGUACCGCUCCACCAAGGGCGCCUCCAAGGCGCGCCGCGACCAGAUCAACGCUGAGAUCCGGAACCUCAAGGAGCUGCUGCCGCUGGCCGAAGCGGACAAGGUCCGGCUGUCCUACCUGCACAUUAUGAGUCUUGCCUGCAUCUACACUCGCAAGGGCGUCUUCUUCGCUGGAGGCACUCCUCUGGCGGGCCCUACAGGGCUUCUCUCAGCUCAAGAGCUUGAAGACAUAGUGGCAGCACUACCUGGCUUUCUGCUUGUGUUCACAGCUGAGGGGAAGCUGCUAUAUCUGUCUGAGAGUGUGAGCGAGCAUCUGGGCCACUCCAUGGUGGACCUCGUUGCCCAGGGUGACAGUAUCUAUGACAUCAUUGACCCAGCUGACCACCUAACUGUGCGCCAGCAACUCACUCUUCCCUCUGCCCUGGACAGCGAUCGCCUCUUCCGCUGUCGCUUCAACACUUCCAAGUCCCUCAGGCGCCAGAGCGCAGGCAACAAACUGGUGCUUAUUCGAGGCCGAUUCCACGCUCACCCACCUGGGGCCUACUGGGCAGGAAACCCUGUGUUCACAGCUUUCUGUGCCCCACUGGAGCCAAGACCACGCCCUGGCCCUGGCCCUGGCCUUGGCCCUGCCUCACUUUUCCUGGCCAUGUUUCAGAGCCGUCAUGCUAAAGACUUGGCCCUACUGGACAUCUCUGAGAGUGUCCUAAUCUACCUGGGCUUUGAGCGCAGUGAACUGCUCUGUAAAUCAUGGUAUGGACUGCUGCACCCUGAGGACCUGGGCCACGCUUCUGCUCAACACUACCGCCUGUUGGCUGAGAGUGGAGAUAUUCAGGCAGAGAUGGUGGUGAGACUGCAGGCCAAGCCUGGAGGCUGGGCAUGGAUUUAUUGCCUGUUAUACUCAGAAGGUCCAGAGAGCCCCAUUACUGCCAAUAACUACCCAAUCAGUGACACGGAAGCCUGGAGCCUCCGCCAGCAGCUGAACUCUGAAGACACCCAGGCAGCAUAUAUCCUCGGCACCCCAGCCGUGCUGCCCUCAUUCCCUGAGAACAUCCUCUCCCAGGAGCAGUGCUCCAGCUCUAACCCACUCUUCAACCCUGCCCUGGGGGCUCCCAGAAGCACCAGUUUCCCCAGUGCUCCUGAGCUGGGUGCUGUCUCAACAUCAGAAGAGCUUCCUCGACCCCCCAAAGAGCUGGGCUUCAGUUACAUGACGUUCUCAUCUGGCCCUGAGCCUUCUCUUCAAGCAGACCUGAGCAAGGAUCUUGUGUGCACCCCACCCUACACGCCCCACCAGCCGGGAGGCUGUGCCUUCCUCUUCAGCCUCCAUGAGCCCUUCCAGACCCACUUGCCCACUCCAUCCAGCUCUCUCCAAGAACAGAUGACUCCAAGCACCGCAACCUUCUCUGAUCAAUUGACACCCAGCAGUGCAACCUUCCCAGAUCCACUGACUAGUCCACUACAAGGCCAGCUGACUGAAACUUCAACCAGAAGCUAUGAAGAUCAGUUGAAUCCCUGCACCUCCACCUUCCCAGAUCAGCUGCUUCCCAGCACUGCCACCUUCCCAGAGCCUCUGGGCAGCCCUGCCCAGGAGCAGCUGACUCCUCCUAGCACGGCAUUCCAAGCACAUCUGAACAGCCCCAGCCAAACUUUCCCAGAGCAACUGAGCCCCAGUCACACCAAGACUUACUUCGCCCAGGAGGGAUGCAGUUUUCUCUAUGAGAAGUUGCCCCCAAGUCCUAGCAGCCCUGGUAAUGGGGACUGCACACUCCUGGCCCUAGCCCAGCUCCGGGGCCCCCUCUCUGUGGACGUCCCCCUGAUGCCCGAAGGCCUACUUACACCUGAGGCCUCUCCAGUCAAGCAGAGUUUCUUUCACUACUCUGAGAAGGAGCAGAAUGAGAUAGAUCGUCUCAUCCAGCAGAUCAGCCAGUUGGCUCAGGGCAUGGACAGGCCCUUCUCAGCUGAGGCCAGCACGGGUGGGCUGGAGCCGCUUGGGGGGCUGGAGCCCCUGGACUCCAACCUGUCCCUGUCGGGGGCUGGUCCCCCUGUGCUCAGCCUGGACCUGAAACCCUGGAAAUGCCAGGAGCUGGAUUUCCUGGCUGACCCUGAUACUAUAUUCCUGGAAGAGACGCCCGUGGAAGACAUCUUCAUGGAUCUCUCUACUCCAGACCCCAGUGGGGAAUGGAGUUCAGGGGAUCCUGAGGCAGCGGUCCCAGGAGGGGCCCCAUCGCCUUGCAACAACCUGUCCCCAGAAGACCAUAGCUUCCUGGAGGACCUGGCCACAUAUGAAACCGCCUUUGAGACAGGUGUCUCAGCAUUCCCCUACGAUGGGUUUCCUGAUGAGUUGUAUCAACUCCAGAGCCAAGUUCAAGACAGCUUCCAUGAUGAUGGAAGUGGAGGGGAACCAACGUUUUGAAUAAGUCUGUGACUUAACGUCGUCAAGUAUGGCAUAUUGUCAUCAAGACGUGGAGCCGCUCUCCACCCCCCCGGGACUGUUGGGGGGAUUCUGGGGGCCAGAGGGGGAU